CACAGUAGACACAGUGUCUGGAGCCUUAAGGUACAUUAUUAGUCGAUGAUUAGAUCGUUUGGGUGACGAAUACCCCUAUUGGGCUCCCGUAAAUUUUACUUGGGUACCUUGCCAUAAGGCAGCCGCCAUGCCACCUUGCCCCGGCCGGGCAUAUUCGCCACCAGGCUAUUCAAGUCUCUGUACAACUAUUCUAAUUAGCAUUCAAGUAAAUGCGCUAUUUUACUAUCUUGAUUUUAUUAUUACCCAAGUCGAUCCGAGAUAUCCUAUCCAUAAAUGUUUGCAAAAGCAGCCAGGAAUAUUUUCCAAGUCCGAAACUCUCCCCCCAAAAGGCCGAAUAUGUCAGAAGACGCGACGGGUUUAUGCGAGCCGCUUCACUCGCCCGAUGAUGCGAAUGUGGACAUCGUAUUUGUUCACGGACUAGGUGGCCAUCGUGUCGAGAGUUGGACAUACAAACCUACUGAAGAAGUACCGGUCGAAAGUUUUUGGCCAAAAGAUUUCCUCAAGUCUGCUUGUCCCACUGCUCGUAUCCUGUCUUUCGGAUACGACUCACAUUUCACUCAUUUCUAUCCUCUCUUCGGACCUAAGAACAUACCCGUGGGCACUACCAUUGACGACCACUCUGGUUCCCUUUUCCUGGACCUCAAUAAUCUACGAGCUAGUACCGAGACCCCACCAGAGCGGCCCCUGAUCUUCGUAGCACAUAGCCUCGGUGGGCUCGUUGUCGCAAAUGCCUUGUCACGCCUUACGGAAACGAAUACUGAAGAUAAGAACCUUGCGAAUACUACUUUUGGUGUGAUAUUCCUUGGAACGCCAUUUGAAGGAGCUUCGUUAGCACGAUGGGGUACCAUAGCCCUUAAUCUCGUCAAGUUAUUUUCAUCCACAAACAAGGAGUCUGUCAAAGAUCUCCAAGAGCAAUCACAGAGGCUAGCAGCCAUAAACGACGCCUUCUAUAAAUACAUUAAGGUCCGCGAUAGGUCUCAAAAAACGUUACGUCUUGCUUGCUUCUAUGAAGAAUGGCCCACCUACGUUGGGAGGAACAAUAUCGGCGUUGUUGUCCCAAAAGCCUCUGCGACGUUGAGUGGAAUCAACCCCGUACCAAUUUCGGCAUCACACUCUGGAAUGUGCAAAUUUGCGGAUGAAUCCAGAAACGGGUAUAAAGCAGUAUCCGGUACCCUAAGUCGAUGGAUUAAAGAGCUAGAUCGACAAGGGCCGUCGAAUCACGCGACUGGUGGUGUUGUUCACUCAGGAGACAUGAAAUUUCAGAGCACAGUCCAUAAUUCGGGCAUUAUUACCCGUGAUAUCGAUGGAAAUACACCGGAUGCUGUUAGAUUGACUGGAACCGUCAACUACUACGGCUCAGACUACAAACCCCAAUCUUAACCUGGGCUACGGGUCUUAGAGGUAGAGUGUAGGCUAAUGCUGGAGUUAUAAUAAAGAUAAUUUCUUGAAGUUUCCUAAGCUAGCGAGUAUCGUCCAUCAUUGAAUUAUGGAGAACUGAUAAGUGUCGUUGGAUACUUCGAUCACAAGUAUGUCUGUUAAAUCUAGUCUGUGAAGUACGAUCUCGGCUGUCCCUAGGAGCUGCUGUGAUCGUUCAGCGAAUAUCAAUCCUGUAGGGGCUUACAGCAAAAAUGAAUAGCCA